AUGGAUGAGGUGAUUUUAAACGAGACUCAAACUGAUAGUGCAGUUCAAGGAGAUGGAAUGGAUGAAUUAGCGCAAACCUCGGCAAUCAAAGCAGCUGAAAUGGAGUUUUCUAGUGAUUGUGCUUCGACUGAUACUCACCCGACGCUGUCCAUUCCUCUUGGAAGUAUAAUUGAGCUUACGUGUGACCAUAUAUGUGCAUCUUCAGCAGAAUCUGAAAAUCUGAAGGCGUUUGCAAGUUUAGAUAAGCAACGCAAAAGAAAAUUGAACAUUAGUGGGUGGCUUGAACGAAGCGAUGGAUCAUGUCAGCGCUCACAUGUUAGCGCUUUGAUUCGCGAAGAUGCAGAACACUGUGAUAAUCAGUUAUGUCUUCAAGUACAAACUAGCAACGAUAAAGUAGUCACUCUCCGAUUCGAACUAAGUCCUGACAUUGCGAUUGACCCUCACCCUCAACUCGUUGUGAAAUUUCGUUCGAAAACAUCGCGAAAAAUAUCAAUUCGGGUUACGCUUAAGUACUUACUGCAGAAGUUCAGGGUCGGUAUCGCUAUUCAAUGCAACUUGCAGCUUUUAGAUGAAAAUGAACACUCUUGUGGGCACAUGGUUGCAACUUUACGCGGUGGCUUGCUGGCUGAUCUGGAUAAUAACCAUCAAAUGUGGGCACCAGUGUCGCUUCAGGCCCAACCAUGUAUUCUGACCGUUAAAGUUAUUGACACUCAAACUGUUGAAAGCGACGAUCAAGGGUUGCCUUGCUCUGCAAAUAUUUGGUCAAGUCGAACAGGAAAACUCUGCGGUCAAACAAUUUCGGGGUUGAUUUGGAAGAACAAUGCCGUUUUUACCGAAAAUGGAGUAGCUCAAGCCGUGUCUUUACAAGUGAUGGAUGCGGCCACAGAUGUCGUAUUUGUAGGAAUCUAUCGGCCAAGUCGCCACGAGCGAAACGAGUUGUUAGGACUUGGAAGAAUUUAUGUUCACAUGCCGGACUCAAUACCAGACGACGGUAGCUGUGAAACCCAGUCUACUGAACAGCUUUUACGUCUGUACAUAGAAUCGUUAGGUGUGAAGCGUGAAUGUGGAUCCAUGGCAGUUCUGAUAAACAGAUUUUAUGAAACCAAAGAUUCUGAUAAGGAUCCAUUUGUUUCGCUUGCUGCUACUGCGCUAGCUCGUAUAGCUUACCCAACGGAAAGCGCUGAAAUGAAGUGUCGCUUUGAUAUCGACAUCCUCGAGCUACAAGGCUUAUCUUUUAGUAUUUUCAAAAGCGACGACAUAUUUUUACGCCUUUGUAUAGCUCAAAGCGGCUGGAACACCGAGCUUUCUUCCGGAAAAUUAGGCAAUGAUGGCAAUGUUCGAAUUGGCGAGAGGGCAAGUGCUAUAGUCCGCUGGACUACAAAAGAUCGAUCAUUCCCUAUGCUGGAAAUUUCAGUGUAUGCUCGAAAUCGAAGUCAAUACAACAAAAGGAGUUUGACGUCAAGGGCUUCACUAGCGCCUCAUUUACAAUCGAAACUGAAGCAAACAUUCAAAAGAGAACAGGAUCUCAUUGUACCUAUCGCUCCGGUAUUGAUAGGAACUGGCAGUUUUAAUCUGUGUUCUUUUUUCUUUCAGCAAAAUAUUUCAGUGCCGGCAAAUUUAACACUAGAAAUGGAGCAAGAUAUUCUGAAAGAUUAUUCAAAAACGGUGUCAGUGGUUACUAGAUUAAGAGCUUCCACGUCGCUCGAUAAGGAUCUUAAGUCAAUUGAAAUAUCAACGGUACCUCAAUUUAUAAAGGGAGAUGUGUGUAUUCGUCUUUUGCAAGGUAGCGGUGAAAUCUUUCGUAAAGCCGACCUGAUGUCGCGAUACUAUGUUCUCAUUUCGUGUGGAGUUGAAAAAGUCCAGAGCAGUUGCUGUCCUGUAGACACUGAUCGUACGGUCACAUGGAAUCAACAAUUGGCUCUAUCUAUCACGGGUGCGGAUUCACCUGUCGUUUAUCUCUCACUUUACCAGCGAACAAUUGAUCGGAUCUCCUUUUCUGUAAACGAUAAUGUAUCUAAUCAUGAUCAGCUGGUUGGGGAUGUGACGCUUCCCCUGUUCCCGUCAAUAUUGGAAGACAAGCAUCUCUUACAACUUACGAUUCCUUUCGGAAUGCCUUCCAUGGGCAAAAAUUGCAAUCAAAGUGAUAUUCGUCAUUACCAGAAACGGGGACUGUUGUCUUUGGAAAUGCAAUUUAUCUCCACUGAUUUAUCCAAUCCAGCUGCAUUGGAGUAUCAAGACACAUAUGAGCUGGUGAUACAUCAAGUGCGUGGAAACUUUCAACGGGUUCCUGGUCUAACCAGAUAUCUGAUUUUCAAUAUUAGUAUCUUGAUUGAUCGUGGUGAUGCUUCAGAGGAACUUGCCAUAGGAACCAGUGAUGCCAUGCCCAUUUUGCCAUCCACUUACAACGAACUCAAUUUAGUUUUUGAUCUCAGCAACCCGGAAAUUGCAGACACUUUAGCAAGUGAGUCAAACAUGGUCAUUAUUGUGCGAAUUCGUGACAAACUUGGAGAUAAAUACGGUUGUGUACAUUUUCCUCUGCGUCGAGAUUGGAAGCAAAGUCUGAAUCAUCGAAAGAGAUUGACGUGGUUUCCGAUUUGUGAGGAGUCAAGUACUGCUGAUGUUAAUUUGACAGAAAAUUCAGUCUCAAUGUGCAUACAGACUCGUCAACAAAGCAAUAGAAAGGCUCAAUACAGUGCACGAGGCAAGUUUCAUAUCAACAUUUCCGAAGCAAUUCAAACAUCAGAAUGUGAAAAGUCAAACUCUAUGAAACAAAGGAGUGACGGGGGAGCCAGCAUUUUAAUCUCGUCUAGCUUAACAAAUGAGUCGACCAAUGUGAUUCGCUAUCGUACGAGGCAAGCUACAGAUCAAAAUAGCAAUCGUCAUUGGCACUGGGAAAAGGAGUGGUUUGUAUUUGAUCAUAACAUUGACGUAUCUGCCUGUCAAGAUCUUCAAGUCUCUAUGCAAAUUGGCGUAACUAGACACACAAUUCUUGACGGUAAACUUCUUUUGGCUCCAACGAUCAAAGAUGCUACCCUCAAGCGCUUUGAUCUAUGGCUGCCUUUGUCUGACAAUUCAAGAACUGACGUCACUUGUAUAGUAGCUCAUCUGCACGUUGUAAUUGUUUAUGUUCCAACAAUUGUCGGCACUUUGAAUAUCGAACUGAGUGAGAAUUUCACAUGCUCCGAGGCUGAACGAUUGCUUCACAUAGAAACUGUGUUUUACAAAUGUAUGCUGGGCAAGACUAGUUCUAGCACAGUCAUUGAGGAGCGUGAUAGCCCUGAGAGUAGUACAACUAAGCUAGUACGACUACUCAUCGAUACUCGACUGGAUGACACGGCUGAGAUACCUGAACUUGUGAUUCAACGAAUUGGACUGACAAAACUACUGGGAGAGAUUUGCUUAGACAUAACAUCGAUGGACUUAUUAGCUAUAUCUGAGCUUUGCUGCUUGGUACCCUCCACUAAUAAUCGUCCAAAACAAUUCGUUUGGUGCAAAUUUACCGACAAAAGUGAUCGAACAAAGACGACAGGAGUUACGAAAUUGCGACUAUGGUUUGACCCUGCCCGAAAUUUAAUAUCUUCUGAAAAGACUAACACAGUGGAAACGAUUGAGAGUGUGGUAGUAGCUGAUGCUUUCACGAUCUGGAAAAAGCUUUUUUACUUGUUAGACCAGAAUAAUAAUGGCUACAUCGACCGCAAUGAAUUCGUAAAUGUCUUUUUGGAUCAUUUUGAAGAGAUUGCGGACACUGUCGACGGUCAAAAGCUUCUUCAGUUGCUCUUUGCUGACAAAAAUAAGCAAUCGAAUCUUAUUGCUCCUACAGAAGAGCAAAUCAAGUCACUUUUCAAUGCAAUGGAUUCCAACAGCGAUAACGAGAUUGAAUGGUUGGAGUAUUUGCAAUUCUUACAACAAAGACAGCAGUUGAAUUGCGAGAAAGAGAAAGAAAUCGAUAUAAUUAUGGCUCCUGAUGCUUUAGGCAAAACGCUCAAUCAAAAGCUAGAGCUGAACAGCGAUGAAAGGCACUCGACGCGUCACUCAAGCGAAUCGAGUCAAAAAACUGAUCCUUUGCAAAAGGACAAAACGAUAGGCUGCGUCUCUGCUGUGGGAUAUCCCACGUUCACGCGUUCAAAAAAGACAUCAUUGUGUAAAAAGAGACUGCAUGAAUUCCAGUUUUCCAACCAAGAGCAGAGUCGAUUGCUAAAACAGAUCUCAUCAUUAGAAACCAUUCUUGCUAUAGAACGAAAACGUUAUGCUGAGGUCACCACGGAAUAUCAAGCUUUGGUGCGAUCAUAUCAGCGAUUGCAUUUAAAGCAUCAAAGUGAAUUAAUUCUGAAACAUACCAAGACAAAGAUUAUGAAACAAACUAUUGAGCACCAGCAACAACAACUUGAAGCGCGAGAGACGCUCCGUCGUAAUAGAAACGAAGCAUCGAUAAUGCUGCAAUCAACUGUCCGAUCACGCUUGGAGAUGAAGCGAUAUCAAGGAAUAAAAUUUCAGCGAGCAACGGCAGCCAUUACUAUACAGUGCAUGAUACGACGCGUGAAUGCAAGGAGACAACUCCAAGAGCUUUACAACAGAGAUCGUCUGGCUAAGCAGCGUAUUUGUGCAGUUUUAAAAAUGCAGAAAUUUAUCCGUGUUCAAAUGGUUUUGAGAGAACGCGCUUCGUUUCAAGAAGCCAAGAUUCUGUCGGCAACAAUACUUCAAAAAAAUGCUCGUAGAUUGCUUGCGAGUACGAAGUGGUGGAGUCAAAAAACUGCUGUAUUGAGACUUCAGUGCUGGUUUCGACAGCGUCUUGCAGUGCAACACUUAAUCAUGGUUCGAGACGCAACCUCAGUUGUUGGAAUGAUCAUGUUGAAAUGGAUUUUACGUUGGCAAUAUAUUCAUUUUCGAAAAAAUGUUCGCAAGUUACAAAGCUGGUGGCGACGAGUAUACAAAAAGCGCUUUAUAGAAUCGUCUACAAAAGCCGCGCUUUAUAUCCAGAAAGCUUGGAAGAGAAAACGCGCGAGGAGACGAUCGGAGUGUGAAGAGGAAAAUUUAGCACUAAUAGAGGCAGCGAUAUGUAUUCAAGCAGUAUGGAGAGGGAGACAGCAGCGCUUGCUAUUUAGUUUAGUGCGCAGUGAAGCAAAGACAUGGUUUGAUGAUGAGAGCGCAAUUGACGCUUUAGUGUACAACUUAGUGGCCAUUGUCGAGGCUAAUGUCGUAUAG